AUGCGGGAUGCUGGGUUCGUGUACGUCGACUGGCCCGAGAGCGCGAGUCGCGAGUCCAGGGGCGUCCGGGUGAUUUGCGGCAUGGCGUCUAAACUAGAGAGGCCGAGUCCUACGACAUCGAUGCUCUUGCACCGCGGUGCUGCCCGGGACGUGUCUGUCUACGCGCUUAAUAGCCCCUUCAUCAAGAACAAGCCUUAUCCGGACCAGCUGCCUACCAUCGAGGAGCUCGCCGCCAUCUACGUGGCCGAGAUUAGGCGUAGGCAGCCCGAGGGCCGGUACCUGGUCGGUGGGCACUCGGUCGGCGGCGUGGUAGCCUUUGUGGUGGCGCGACAACUUCUCGAGGACGGCAAUGAGGUCAAGAAGCUAUUCCUGAUCGACAUGGCGUGCCCUAUUUUCGCGAGCUCUCUGCCGGGCGUCCUGGUCGACGUUCUGGAUUCUAUAGACCACGUCGGCAUAGUUGACGACGAAAUCCGAGAGAAGAAUAUAGGCCGGCUAAUAACGAGUGACCACUUUACGCUAGCGAGGCAGCAGUUGCUGAGGUACAAAGUUAGCAAGCUGCCGUGUAGGAAGAUGCCGUAG